AUGGUAGGUGACGCAGCAAGUGGCUUGGUCGUGCCUUGUGGUUACACUCUUACGACUGGCAGAACCCAUCAAUUCUACCAAACGUUGAUGAGGUUCAUGAAGGACUGCACGGGUAAUCGAGUUCAACGUGGAAGUGUAGUCUACGACUUCGAGGUUGCUCUAAUCAAUCCAGCGACUGACCAAUUCCCGCAUAUCAGGGGCAUCGGAUGUUUUUUUUACUUCAAGCAAGCGACCAGACGAUGA